AACUGGAGCGUUGUACAUCUCCCCAGUCAUCUCUGACAAACCUUACUAGUCGUAUGAUCAUAGAUUUGACGCUUCAUGAAAACUGAUGAAAACCCUAAAAUUAUUGUCAACACAAUACUCGGCGAUACCCGGCUAACAAUAGAUUAAUAUUGUUUUACGUUUCACUGAAUUUUAUUUAAUUAAAAGAUUUUAAAUAUAUAAAUACUGUUCGCGUCGCAUCUGAACUUGGUUUUAUCUGAUGGUUAAUUACAAAAAUAGGAGAAAAGAAGAACAAUUUCUUUUUCUACUAUAUCUGAAUUGAAACAGUUUUAUAUAAUUUUAUAAAGGGCACAAUGAGUACUGUUGAAGACAGAGAAAGAUUAAGAGAAGGAAAACGGCGCACAAGUAAAAUGGUAUCAAAGCAUAAUUCUGAAGAAACUAAUCCAUGCUUUAAGGAAGCACAAUUGUCUUCCCAGUGCCUCAUGGAAAAUAAUUGUGAUAGAGAGAUUUGUUCUCCCUACUUCGCAAAUUACAAAGCUUGCAAGAAAUUUUGGAACGAUGUAAUGAGUGCACGUAGACAAAAAGGUAUCACGCCUUACUUGCCACCCAUAGAAGAAAGAUCUCAAGUGGUAGAUGAUUAUUUCAAAUCAAAAGCCCAAUUAAAAUAAUGUAAAUACUAAUUAUUAAAACGUAUUUAUAUUCGUUUCUUGUAAAUACAGAUUAUUACUGAAGACAUUGGAA